AUGUCUCGUGGACAGGACGACCCAAGAUUUAGUAAAGUUUUCUCAGAUCCUAGGUUUAGAACGGUGAGGAAGAAGGAUCUGAAGGUGCAGCUAGAUGAUAGAUUUAACAAGAAAGACCUAAAAAAAGACUUCACUCUUUUAAAGUCCAGAGCAAAGGUUGACAAAUAUGGUAGGAAAAUAAAGGAAAAUAAUGACAUUGUGGAUAAUUUAGAUAAAUAUUAUAAUGACCAAGUAGAUGGUGAUGACGAUGAAAGUGUAGAAAGUGAAAAUAGUGCUGAUGAUAGUGGAAAGUCAGCUAAUGACAUAUCUGAACCUUCAUCUGACUCAGAUGAUCAAAACUCCGAAGAAGAAAUUGGAAGCAGAAAGGAGGAUGAUGAUGAUGGUGAUGAGGAGGAAAGUGGAGCCACUCAAUUAGAUGAAGAUCCUUUGGCAAUUGCCAGGGGUUUAAUUGGCAAUGAUUCAGAUUUAGAUACUACAUCAGAUGAAGAAUCGGACGAGGAGGAUGAAGAAGUAGAAGCUUCUGUCGAAUCUGAAGAUGAAAAGGAAAAAAUCCCAGAACAGGAACCGACCAAUAGGAUUGCUGUUGUCAACUUGGAUUGGGACCACUUGAAAUCCAGCGAUUUGUUUGCAACCUUCAACUCUUUCCUUCCAAAAGAUGGUGCCAUUCAAUCUGUUACAAUAUACAAGUCCCAAUAUGGUAAAGAGAGGCUAGCAGAUGAAGAAAUUAAUGGACCUCCAAAGGAAAUUUUCAAGCCAUUGAAGGAAGAUAACGAAAGUGAUGAUGAUGAUGGUGAUAGUGACGACGAUGACCUCGAUGUUGCAAAAGCUAGUAAAAAAUUGAUUGAAGAAAAUAAUGGUGAAGAAAGUUUUGAUUCCACUGCACUAAGGAAAUACCAAUUGCAACGGUUGAGAUAUUACUAUGCCAUUGUUGAAUUCAAUACAACUGCAAGUGCUAUUGAGAUAUACAAGGCAUGUGAUGGAACAGAGUUUGAGAGCAGUGGUAAUUUUUUUGAUCUCAGAUACGUCCCAAAUGAAAUGGAAUUUGAUGACACAGAUAUUAGAGAUUCAUGUACUAAGCUAACUACUAAUUAUCAACCAAUUGAGUUUUCUACAGACUCGUUGAGAAAUAGUAAACCAAAAUUGACAUGGGAUGAAACACCUAUUGAGAGAGUUCAAAUACUAACUAAAUCCUUUAAACAAGGCGAACUGGAUGACUUAGAUUUGAAAAAUUAUCUUGCAAGUGAUAGUGAAGAUGAACAAGUGGAAGAUUCCAGUAUCAACAAAUAUAAACAACUGGUUGGAAAUUUAAGUUCCAAGAAGUCAGAUUCUGAGAAUGGUGAAGAUGAUGAGGGAGAAGAUGAUGUUGACAUGGAAAUCACAUUUACACCAGGUGCCUCGAUAACAGAAAAGGCUAAAAAAGAAGAAGAGUUGAGUGCAAUUGAAAAACUAAGAGCCAAAGAGAAGGAGAGGCGGAAGGCACGUAAACAAAAAAUCAAGGAAUUAAAGAAGCAGAGUCAACAAAAGAAAAGUAGAAGGAACAAUGAAGACACCGAUGAGAACAAAGAAGCCAACGAACUUGUUAUGGAUCACAUUGGUUCCGAGGCAGCCGAAUUGGACCAUUUUAAUAUGAAAGAUGUGGAAAAGCUUGAGAAACUCAAGAAUAAAAAGAACAAACACAAGAACAAACGACAACGUGAACAAGAGCGAGAGCUUGAAGAACGUCUUGCAAACCAUGGCAAUGAGAAGUUGGAAAUUGAUGAACGUUUUUCUGAAAUGCUUGAUAAUCAUGCCUUCGUUGGUGGUUCAGCAUUAUUACAACAGGAAAGAAAGAAGACAAAGAAGGAGAAAAAACAUUAA